UGUCUGCCCUUGUGGCUUUGUCACUACAGAAAUGUUCUGGCCCGAGGCGGCUGUUUUGCACACUGCAUUUAUAGCAUAUUCACACUCAGCUACGAGGGGAUAUGGAAGAGGAUAUGUGUACUAGUGGACGCACCUGCAAACGCGUGACGAUUUGCUGGAUGUUGCUGUGCCGAACCCAGGGCUUCUGUGGCCGGGCUAAAUAGCUCGAUGUUUUGCUCCUCUGAGUGUUCUCGAGUGUGAUGCAAUAACAACCAACAAUGGCGUCAUCAUGAGAUCACUGCAGGACAAGGGGAAAGGGGCGGGGAAGGGCGCUCCCUCGAGGGGAGGAGCCCUUGGGCCCUGCCCUCCAAGCCGCACCUCCUCGCUCUUCCACUGGGUUUCUCCUGGGCCUCCUUCCUCGCAUUAGCCCUCUUCCAGCUGCGGCCACAGAAAGCUCCGCUUUCAAUCCGGGGUUUUGAAGUUUAGGCUCGGGUCCCUAUGAGAAUCUAUGGAAGCCCUACCCCCAGUUUUAAGUUUCAGCCAAUAAAGAACCUAAAGGAGGGGCCGGCAGGCGGAUUAGUGACGCAAUGCAGACUGAUUGGCAUUCAGGCCAUCGACGUCCUGGAUUAGUCCCGAGUUUCUCCAAUCCAGAGGCAGGGGUGGGACGGUGCAGGCGCAGAGAAUUGGGUUUGGCUGGACUCGAUUUAAAGAGACAGAAGCUGUCGGGGUCCAAGAAGACGGUCCCCAAGACCCUCCCCCCAAGUCCUUGGGACCACUUGGGUCCCCAAAGCUGGGGAGAUGGUUUGCGGUGGCUUUGCCUGCUCCAAGAAUGCGCUGUGCGCGCUGAACGUGGUCUACAUGCUGGUAGGCUUGUUGCUCAUUGGAGUGGCUGCUUGGGGUAAGGGCCUGGGUCUGGUGUCCAGCAUCCACAUCAUCGGAGGAGUCAUUGCUGUGGGAGUCUUCCUUCUUCUCAUCGCGGUGGCUGGACUGGUGGGUGCUGUCAACCACCACCAAGUACUGCUAUUCUUUUACAUGAUCAUCCUCGGUUUGGUCUUCAUCUUCCAGUUUGGGAUCUCUUGCUCAUGUCUUGCUAUUAACCGAAGCAAACAGACGGAUGUCAUCAAUGCGUCUUGGUGGGUCAUGAGCAACAAGACCCGGGAUGAACUGGAAAGAAGUUUUGAUUGUUGUGGCUUGUUCAACCUCACAACCCUGUAUCAACAGGACUAUGCUUUCUGCACUGCAAUCUGCAAGAGCCGGAGCUCCACGUGCCAGAUGUGUGGAGAAAAGUUUCUUAAGCAUUCAGACGAAGCCCUGAAAAUCCUGGGGGGUGUUGGACUCUUCUUUAGCUUUACAGAGAUCCUUGGUGUUUGGCUAGCAAUGCGAUUUCGGAAUCAGAAGGAUCCUCGAGCUAACCCCAGUGCCUUUCUAUGAGACUCUGGAUCCUUCUGACUUCUCUCCUGUUCUCUGUUCUCCCUAAGCUUUUCCGCCCUUAGGGAAAACCUAGGGCCUAUAGCCCUUUUUGAGAAAAAGGAAAGGCCCUUUGUCACAUCCCCCAAAGAUGACUGAACAGCCAGGCUGUGUGCCUUGACAUGUUUAGGGGGAGCAAGAUUAUAAGGAAUAAAGAGCAACUUCCUCUCUAAGUGGAUAUGGGAAGCUCCUAGGAGUGCAUGAAAUGGGAUGGGGAUUGGAGUCCUUCCUGGCUCUGUUUCCCCUCUUUUCCCUUCCACAUGCUGGACCACCUCAACACAUCUUGGCAUGGCUGGCUCCAAGGUUAAAUCAGGGACAGCCAGGAAAAACCAUCAAGAACUCUUUCUUACAAUAAGUAGGACCCAGUGUGGGGAAUUCAGUGAAUAUAAAAAUAAAAGCCAUUUAAACUCCA